UCCUCCUGUCAUCUUCUCUCUUUCUUCCCCGUCAGAAUUUUUUGAUACUCCGUCCUUCCCUUGCUAGGACGGUGUUCUUUUAUCUAUAUCGAAAUAUACUACCCCUAGAUCCACUGUCUCCAACACGUCUACUGGGGCUGAUACACAACACCCUUCCCUUGACUCCACGACUCCCUGUUUUAGCCUCUCCAUCAGUACGGAGGGUUGAGCGUAAUGUCGUCAUAUCCUGUUCCUUAUAAUGGAUCAUCCUCGGGGACCGGGGGUGAUUCUUUGACUGAAGAUCUCAACAUCUACUACAAUGCUGGUGACAUUGCAUGGAUGAUUACAUCAACAGCACUCGUGCUGCUGAUGAUUCCGGGUGUUGGGUAUGCAUUCAGACUUGAGAGAGCCCAUAAUGCUUUUGCUGACUGCAACCAGUCUCUUCUACUCUGGCCUCGCCCGUCGAAAGUCUGCCCUAUCCCUGAUCUGGCUUUCUAUAAUGUCCGUCGGUGUGGUAUCGUUCCAAUGGUUCUUCUGGGGUUAUUCGCUCGCUUUCUCCCAUACCGCUGGGAAAUAUAUUGGUGAUCUGCAAAACUUUGGUUUGAAGGGUGUCCUGGGGGCUCCUUCUGUUGGAAGCACCAAGAUUCCGGAUCUUCUUUUCUGUGUCUACCAGGGCAUGUUUGCUGCUAUUACCGUCGCUAUCGCUUCCGGUGGCCUCGCUGAGCGUGGCCGCAUGCUUCCCUGCAUCGUUUUCAUGUUUAUCUGGACGACCAUCAUCUACGAUCCUCUUGCCUGUUGGACCUGGAACCCCCAUGGCUGGGUCUUUGUUCUAGGCGGCUUGGACUUUGCUGGUGGUACACCCGUCCACAUUUCCUCUGGAUGUGCCGCAUUGGCCUACUCCCUGAUGCUUGGGAAGCGUCGGGGUCACGGAACUCACGAGCUUAAUUAUCGUCCGCACGACGUUACCCACAUCGUCAUCGGUACCGUCUUCCUCUGGGUUGGAUGGUUCGGGUUCAAUGCUGGCUCGGCCCUAGGCGCUAACCUUCGAGCCGUUAUGGCUGCUGUUGUUACCAACUUGGCCGCAAGUGUUGGUGGUGUGACAUGGUGUCUGCUCGACUACAGAUUGGAGAGGAAAUGGUCCACGGUUGGCUUCUGUUCCGGUGUGCUCGCUGGUCUCGUGGCCAUUACUCCAGGUUCGGGUUUUGUGACUCCAUGGGCUUCUUUCAUUUAUGGUGUCGUGGGAGCUGUAGCUUGCAACUAUGCUACCAAGCUCAAGUACAUUCUCAGAGUCGAUGAUGCAUUGGAUAUCUUCGCCAUCCACACCAUUGGUGGUAUAAUCGGUGAUCUGUUGACUGCCCUUUUUGCUGCUGACUACAUUGCCCAUCUGGACGGAAUCACGGAGAUUGAUGGUGGUUGGUUGAACCACCACUACAUCCAACUUGGAUACCAACUUGCCGACUGUGUCUCUGGCUUUGCCUACUCAUUUUUUGGGUCCUGCAUAAUCCUAUUCCUCAUCAAUCUGGUCCCGGGUCUCAGCCUCCGUGCUUCAGAAGAAGCCGAAAUCUUGGGUAUCGAUGAUGCCGAGAUUGGCGAGUUUGCUUACGACUACGUUGAAGUUACUCGCGAGGUUGUGAACGGCGUUGAGACGGACGGCAUCUCUAAGCGCAGUAUGUCCCCUGCGGGACCGAGCACUCUUCCUGAGGCGAAGGUUUAGAGUGACUAAAUGAGAUACGAUCCGACACUACCUUACCAUCUCUGAUACUUUUAUCAACGGCACAAUACAGGUUUUAUUGAGGUUACAAAGUAGCGUUGGCACCGUUGGGAUACAUUACUUUCUUCUCUUCUUAUUUCCUUUGUCAACAUUUUUCUCUUUUUUUUUUUUUUCUUUUUUUCUUGGUAUUAUAUUCUAUUCCUGUGCCGGAGGGUUGGUUAUUUUGCUCUUUAAGAGUGCCCUUGGUGUUUUAUCUUUUUUUUUUUUUUUUUUUUUUUUUUGUGGAGUCAGAUACCCGAUACCCUAGAUAUUUUC